AAGAGGAGAGGGAGAGAGACCAUAUCCUCCCGUUAUCGUCAUCUUCUUCACCUCACUCCCGGGAGUCCAAAGCUCUCUUUCCUCUGAAUCCAAACCCAACCCAAUCUCCUUCUUCAUCUCUCUCUCGCUCUUUCACCACCUCAUAAACAGGGGCGGGCGCUACUGAUUAACUUCGUUUCUUCCUCCUCCUCCGGCGAACCCAGGGAGACUAGACUCAACAAACAUGGACGUCGCUGAAGUUCCGUGGCGUCGUCUUCCUCAAUUUUCAGUUUCUUCACGCUCCUCUUGGCUCGUUUCUUCUGGAUUUCCUGUUUCUUCAUAUAUGUUCUCUCAUAUGGAACGUGGACAGAGGUUUAGGCUCACCUUGUGCUUUGGGGUUUCUCGUAUCCGUGCAAGGUCUGCUAUUAUAACUGCUGCACAGCAAGAACAGCCAGCUAGGCUUCUCAAAGGACUAUACGAGGUUGUUUGGAUCGUGGAAGCUGACCUUGCACCCAACGAACAUCUUUACGUUACUGGAGAUCCUUCCGCUUUAGGUAGCUGGGAGCCAGACUGCGCCAUUUCGAUGUAUCCUACUGGAAAUGACAAUCAAUGGGAAGCUAAAGUCAAGAUUGCUUCUGGUGUCAAUUUCAGGUACAAUUAUUUUUUAAAAGCUGGAUAUGAGUCUUCCUUUGACGUCAUCUGGAGACCAGGGCCCCAGUUUUCCAUAUCUGUGCCUUCUGCUGUCAAUGGAGACAGAAAAGUUAUCAUAAGGGAUUCAUGGAUGAGUGUUUCCGCUCAAUCACAAGAGUCCUACUUAUGGGGGUCUUGGAUCGAUGAUGCUCACCUUUUACCAAACUCUGUUACUUCAGGUCAAAGCGAAGAUGAAUUCACUUUCUCCCCUAGUGCUGUGGAAGUCCCAAGACCACUUUUGAAUGAUAAACAGUUAGAAGAUGAAUCUUUCUUUUGUGAUGAGCUUGCAACCUUCUCAACGGAGAACUCAGAUUUUAGUUCGUUAUUUUCUGACAACUAUCAGCCUAUUGAGGAACCAUGGUUUCUUCAGGAACCUGUUACCUUGAAUAUGCAAACUGAUAGUGAACAAGUUGUUGAAAGCAGUGAAGAAAUUGAAAACAACUUAGAUACUGAUGAGGAAAAUCACCAGCUGACUGAGACUCUCUUACCUGAUGAUGAAUUUUUCAAACGAGAAUCCAUUUCUACUACGAUACUGAUCAACUCGUCUAUAUGUACUGUGCAAAGGAUUGCUGUAUUAGAUGGUGAGAAGCUGGUUGAGUUGUUGUUGGAACCAGUUAAGACCAACGUGCAGUGUGAUAGUGUUUACCUGGGCGUAGUCACUAAAUUUGUGCCCCACAUGGGUGGUGCAUUUGUGAAUAUCGGAAGUUCUAGACAUUCUUUCAUGGACAUUAAGCCAAACAGGGAACCAUUCAUAUUCCCUCCAUUCUGUGAUGGAUCAAAGAAGCAAGCAGCUGAUGGUUCUCGGUUCGACACCACUACGGACAUUCCAGAUCCGCAUGAAACCGAACACGCCUCCUAUGACUUUGAAGCCAGUGGUUUAUUAGACAUUGAUUCAAAUGACCCUGGGGAAUCUUUUCAUGAUGAUGACGAUGAUCAUGAAAAUGAUGAAGAUCAUGUCUCCGAUGCUCUAGUUAAUGGAACUGUCGUUAACCAUGGCGGAUUGGAAGGUGGUUCUGACAAAUGCAAUCUACAUCUUGAAGUUGGAUCUGAGAAUGGCUUUGUUCCUCUGGAGAGAGAACAUUCUGCAGAUUCUCUUGUGUCUAAUGCAUCAGUUGCAAAGUCUCCUAAGAAUACCUCGUCUAGGGAUAACAAGUGGAUUCAGGUUCGAAAAGGCACCAAGAUAAUUGUGCAAGUUGUUAAAGAGGGCCUUGGUACAAAAGGUCCAACUCUCACUGCUUACCCAAAACUGAGAAGCAGAUUCUGGGUAUUAAUGACUCGUUGCAAACGAAUUGGAGUCUCAAAAAAGAUUUCAGGAAUUGAGAGAACCCGGUUAAAAGUUAUAGCAAAAACAUUGCAGCCUCAGGAUUUUGGCCUGACUGUAAGGACUGUAGCUGCUGGCCAUUCUCUAGAAGAAUUGCAGAAAGACUUAGAAGGUCUGCUUUUAACCUGGAAGACCAUUACGGAAGAAGCAAAAUCUGCAUCCCUUGCUGCAGAUGAAGGUGUGGAAGGAGCCAUUCCAGCACUGUUACAUAGAGCAAUGGGUCAAACACUUUCAGUUGUACAGGACUACUUCAAUGACAAGGUGGAGAAGAUGGUGGUUGACUCUCCGAGGACAUACCAUGAGGUCACAAACUACCUGCAGGAUAUGGCACCUGAUCUUUGUGAUCGAGUGGAAUUGCAUGAUAAGGGUAUCCCUCUUUUUGAUUUAUACAACAUUGAGGAGGAGAUUGAAGGUAUUCUCAGUAAAAGAGUUCCACUUCCCAAUGGAGGUUCUUUAGUGAUUGAACAAACUGAGGCGUUGGUCUCUAUUGAUGUGAACGGAGGACAUGGAAUGUUUGGUCAGGGUAAUUCACAGGAGAAAGCUAUUUUGGAAGUUAACCUUACUGCUGCCAGACAAAUUGCAAGGGAGAUUCGGCUGAGAGAUAUAGGGGGUAUCAUUGUGGUAGAUUUCAUUGACAUGGCAGAUGAAUCAAAUAAAAGACUCGUUUAUGAAGAGGUUAAGAAAGCAGUGGAGAAAGAUAGGUCACUGGUAAAAGUCUCAGAGCUGUCUAGACACGGACUCAUGGAGAUAACAAGAAAAAGGGUUCGGCCGAGUGUAACAUUCAUGAUCAGUGAGCCGUGUUCUUGCUGUCACGCAACUGGUAGAGUGGAGGCAUUGGAGACUUCCUUUUCAAAAAUUGAACAAGAGAUUUGUCGGCAGCUCGCAAAGAUGGAGAAAAGAGGAGACCUGGAAAACCCCAAGUCUUGGCCAAGAUUCAUAUUGCGUGUGGACAGUCAUAUGUCCAGCUUCUUGACUACGGGGAAGAGGACGAGGCUUGCAAUCCUAAGUAGUGCCCUGAAAGUAUGGAUUCUCUUAAAGGUUGCUAGACAUUUCACAAGAGGAACGUUUGAGGUUAAACCGUUCAUGGAUGAGAAGACUGUAAACGAAAGACCGCAUCAAGUUGCCAUAUCUUUGCUCAAGAAAGCUGACUCCAUAGCAGACUCCUCAGGCAAGAAGAAGCUCACUCUUAUUCCGAUGAAGAAGGAUAAGACCGGUGGUAAACACAGACGAUGAAACCUCCUCUGUUAAAUUUCACAUUACUUUUGCUAGAUGUCUCAGAUGAUACUGUUGAGCGUGUUGUACCGAAUCGAUUUUGUGUAUUAGUAUCAUCUUUUUCCUUCA